AUGCAUUUAAACGAUUUACAACUUCUAUCACUCUUGUAUGUGCUCCUGAGCUUCACUUUUACAGCUGGAAAUAUCCAACGAGCUGUAUUGCUGGCAUGUAUUCAAAGAAAUAGGGCUUUACGGCUACAAAUAUUAACAACGAUUCGAAGAAGGCAUGCCAUUCAAAGACGUCGACGUCGACGGCGCUUCUGGAUGUUACCACGACCACGAGUUUCAUGGUUUGAAAUGUUUUAUAGAAAUUGUGUGAUCCCAGAUGAGUAUUUUAAAGAACAACUGCGUUUGAAGACAAAUACUUUUGAACUUCUUUUAAAUGUACUCAGACCGGCACUGACCCGCCAAAACACUUUCUUACGUGACUGUAUCCCACCAGCCAAAGUUCUAUCUCUUGGCCUUUACCGUCUUGCUCAUGGUAACUCAUAUAAUACGAUAGCUGCUACUUUCAAUGUUGGGAAAUCUACUGUAAUCGAAGCUGUUCAAGAUGUAGUAGAAGCAUUGUGUGACAUACGAGAAAAUUACAUAAAAUUCCCUUCCUCAGAGGAUGAAAUCGUAGAGUCAAGCGAAACCUUCGAUGAUCUGACAGAUAUUCCUAAUGUUGUGGGCGCUAUAGACGGUACGCACAUUAGAAUAAAAAAAACAAAUGACAGUGGACCAGAUUACUUCAGUCGCUACCAGCAAUAUGAUGUUGUUGUCCAAGGAGUUGUAAAUGGAGAUAAAAAAUUUAUUCAUGUAGCAGCUGGUUUCCCUGGAAGCAUGCAUGAUGCUAGAGUUUUUAAAAAUAGUAGUUUAUACCACAAAAUUGCUACUGGCGAGUUUUUACAGGCACCAACCGUUAGAGUUGAAAAUAGAGACAUAAAACCCUUGCUUUUGGGUGACAGUGCAUAUCCCCUGACAACUUUUAUUCUUAAGCCUUACCCCGAAAAUACAAGAGACCCCAAGGAAGUACAUUUCAACAAGGAACUUUCACGUGCAAGGGUAUCAGUUGAAUGUGCUUUUGGAAUGCUAAAAGGACGUUGGAGGAUACUCCAAAAACGAUUGGACAGCAACAUUGCAUUUGUAUCCAAAAUUAUCACUGCAUGUUGUGUACUACACAAUUUUUGUCUCGAUGCUGACGAUGUUUGGGAUGUAGACGAUGACAAUCAAAACCAUAAUGCAGCAUUUCAAAACAUUGAUGCAGGCGGGGAAGACUUGAGAGAUUUUCUCAAAAACUAUGUAUGGAGCCUUUAA